ACUCCAUCCACUUCUCUUCUUUAAUCAUCCAUCCUUCACCAAAACAACCACAAAUGAAGUUGGUUAGCUUCCCUCUUCUCUUUCCGUAUAUGUAAGGGAUAAUAAUGUGACCAAUUCAAUUCAAGAGACAAGAAGAAAUAAACAUGAUGAUGAUGAUCAUGAAGAUCUUCAACACCAGUCAUGAUUUCCGCCAUUGGAGGAGGACCUUAGUCUUCUUACUUCUACUUCUGGUUCAUUCCUCCGCUCUUAACUCAGAUGGAACCAUCUUACUCUCUUUUAAAUACUCUGUUCUCGACGACCCUCUCUCUGUUCUUGCCGACUGGAACUACGCCGACCUGACGCCAUGCGCCUGGACCGGCGUUACCUGCGCCCAACUCCAUUCGGGUCUUAUCGGAGUGUCCGAAACAUUUCAUGUCAUAAGUUUGUCCCUUCCAAGCUCCCAGCUUUUAGGUUCAAUACCGGAGGAUUUAGGACUUCUACCUAAUCUUCGAACACUCGAUUUGUCAAAUAAUUUUCUCAAUGGUACGCUUCCAGUCACGUUGUUCAACUCAUCUGACCUUCAGGUUCUUUCUUUAGCUAAUAAUAUGAUCUACGGCGAUAUCCCGGAGGUCGCCGGAGAAUCAAUCGGUUUGAAAUUACUCAAUCUGUCAGACAACGCCUUGACUGGGAAAAUUCCUGCAAAGCUUGCGUCUUUACAGAAUCUCAGUGUCCUUUCACUCCGGAGAAAUUACCUCACCGGCAGUAUUCCGGCGGGUUUUGGGUUUGUCGAGGUGUUGGAUCUUUCCUCCAAUCUGUUCAACGGAUCCCUACCUGUUGACUUCGGUGGAGAAAGCCUGAGAUUCUUGAAUCUAUCUAACAACAAGCUAUCCGGAUCCGUAUCUUUGGGUUUUGCAAUGAAGAUUCCGGCGAAUGCUUCUAUGGAUCUCUCGUUCAAUAACCUCACCGGACAAAUCCCAGAAGCUUUAGCGUUUAUGAAUCAAGAAACAGAAUCUUUCGCCGGAAAUGCUGCUCUUUGUGGGAAGCCGUUGAAGAAACUAUGUACAAUUCCAUCAACUCUAACUGUUCCUCCUAAUAUCACUUCAAGUAGUACUAGCUCACCGGCGAUUGCUGCCAUGCCAAGGCCGAUUGAAUCCGGUUCUGAAACAGAUUCCAGCACAACCCAAAACGGAUCGGGUUAUAUUCAGCAGAAUAAGAGUAAACUAAAACCAGGUACAAUAGCUGGAAUUGCAGUCGGAAAUUUAGCUGGAAUUGGAUUAAUCGCUAUGGUAAUCCUUUACGUUUAUCAAUUAAAGAAGAAGAAACGAACAGAGGAAAUCAACAAACUUUCAGUUGAUAAUCAUCAUAUAGCCGUCACCGUCAAAGAAGAUCCUCCAAAAGAUUCGAAAGGGAUAGCGACAUGGUCUUGCCUGAGCAUAACAAACAGAGAAGAUACCUCGGAGACAACCGGCUCCGGCUCCGACAGCGAUGAGAACAACGGGAUUGAUAGUUUUCAAAUCCCCAAUAACGAGAAUAUGAAGAAACAGAGUAGAUCGCUGGUAAUGGUUGAUGGAGGAACAGAGCUUGAUCUUGAAACUUUGUUAAAGGCGUCGGCGUAUAUACUGGGUUCGACUGGUCCAAGUAUAGUUUACAAGGCGGUGCUCGGAGAUGGGACUUCAUAUGCAGUCAGAAGGAUCGGAGAUGGUGAAAUGAUGAAGAUGAAGGAAUUCGAAAGACAGGUCCGGUCAGUUGCUAAGAUGCGCCAUCCAAAUUUGGUUAAAAUUCGUGGGUUUUAUUGGGGUGAAGAUGAGAAACUUGUUAUUAGUGAUUAUGUCUCCAAUGGAAGUCUUGCCACCAUUAACGGUUACAGAAAAAUGGGUUCUUCUCCAAGCCAUCUAUCGUUUCAAAUUCGGCUCAAGAUAGCAAAAGGUAUAGCACGUGGCCUGGCCUACAUCCACGACAAGAAGCACGUGCAUGGAAACGUUAAACCUAGUAACAUUCUAUUAACGCCGGAAAUGGAAGCCGUCAUUUCAGAUUUUGGCCUGGACCGUCUCAUUUCCGGCGCCGGUGGAGGUCAUCGUCGCAGUGGAACAGGCGGCGCCGGAGCCACACGACAUUUUGGAAGCAAGAGAUCCUUGGCUGCCCGUGACGAUGUUUCAAUUUGCGGCGGUAACAACAGUCCGUACCCGGCGGGAUUUGUUGGGUGUACUUCACCUUAUCAUGCGCCGGAAUCGCUUGAGAAUGUUAAGCCGAGUGGAAAGUGGGAUGUUUAUUCGUUUGGGAUUGUGUUAUUGGAGCUUUUGAGUGGAAGGGUGAUAUCGGACCGGGAAUUGGGGCAAUGGACCGGCGGUGGGGUGACGGUGGAGGAAGACGAGGAAAGGGUUUUGAGGAUGGCGGACGUGGGGAUUAGGGCUGACGUGGAGGGGAGGGAAUAUGGUAUCUUGGAAUGUUUUAAGUUGGGUUUUAAGUGUGUUUCCUUGGUACCACAGAAAAGGCCUUCUAUGAGAGAAGCUUUACAUGUUCUUGACAAAUUGCCAUGUUCAUCAUCAAUCAUGUGAAAUUACAGUAACAAAAAGGUGUAUCUUUUGACCGCAUCAAAAAGAGAUCACGAUGUUAUGUUUAGUUA